AAGGAAAUACGACACCCAUUCAGUCAGAACUCCAUCAACGAAACCCUAGAAUCUUCAAAUUGCCAAUGCCUGCGUUCCCUGCCCUAAGAGGAAGAAGGAAAAGGUCGGUGUCACGAUCUUCAUCGUCAUCACCAUCACCAUCUUCCACCACCACCACCUCCUCUUCUUUGACAAAAACAGUUUGUAUUCGUGCAAUUUCUGAAGAAGGUCAAUCUAAUUGGUUUUUGGUUAAUGUCUCAUUCCAAGCUGAAGAAGAAGAGAGCAAGAAGAAAAGUCAAGGUAGAAGAGACCCAUAUGACGAGUUGCUGACCCGCUUCUUUGGACGUCGUCAUCACCACCGCCCUGGCGUCACUGAUGGUAAUUUCCCAACACUUGAUGAAGAAAUCCAUCCUUUCUCUAAUGCUAAUUUGUCCGCCUGUUCCUCCUGGGCAUCUAUCGGCGCUACACUGUAUUGUGUUGGUGGUGUCCUUCCCCGUAGGAAGGGUUACAUAGAGUCAGAUUAUUCUCGUGUAGUUAGGGCUUAUGAUCUCUCUCCUACUCCUACACACCAUGGUUGGACUAAGAACCUUUCGCCAAUGAUCCGUCGCAGACGCACUCCUCGCUUGGCGGUUCUCGAUGAUAAGCUUUACGCCUUUGGCGGGGUCGCAGAUGGUUCUCUUUUUGCCGAAGUUUAUGAUCCCAUUGUGGACAAAUGGGAGGCCUUGCCCCAACCAUCUCCUACAAUUAGGGAUAAUGCAUGCUUUGCUGCACCGCUACACGGUAUGAAGAAGAUUGCGGUUGGUUUUAAAUCUUUGUACAAUGUAGUUACUGAGUCGUGGGAGAUUGUGGAGGGUCUGGAUGGUUUUACUGGAGAAGCACCCGUGACUGUUGGAAAUACCAUGUAUUGGUUCUGGCGCUCAAAAUACAGUGGCUCUUGUAUACGUGCCUAUGAUUUCUAUCAAAUGAAGCUAUUUGAAGGAGCUAUAAAAAGUUUUGAGCACGAGACCCUCAUCUGGAAUGCUAAAACCGAUCUUCUACACAUGGGUGGUGAUACCUUUUGCAUGCUAUGGCGUUCUCCCCCCAUUUCUCAAACCAAAACCGAACACCAUUGCACGCAACUUCAUGUGAUUAAGGAGGAAGUCUCUGAGGAAGGAUCUAGAGGGGUUUUGAAUGCCCGUGUUCUAGCGUGCCAAUCUUUUAUCACUCCUGGAAAGGCAUCGAUAUGUGAAGCUCAGACACUGGGUAUUUCUUUGAUUGAGGAUAACCGACAAGAUGAGGCAAUUGCUUCCUUAGAAGUAAUCGGCAAGAAUGGUGGAAUAAUAUUGGAGAUGAGGACUCCUCAGACUACAGUAGUCUAAGCUACAUUAAACUUAUGUAAAAGAUGAGGAUGAUUGUACUUUAUUUUUUUAACUUGGAUUAAUUAUUCUUUGAAAUAUGUUUCUUUUCUAGAUGUAAAGUGCAAAUUUAUUGUCUCACGUACAGUUUGAGGUCGACCAAAUUAUGAGACCCAGCAAACACUAGGUCGUGUCUAUAUCUUAUAUCUGGGGCAAUUGUCUUAA